AAGACCAACUUUUUUUAUCCCGUGUACGUACACCCACCUCCUCAAAAACUCUGUUUGGGGAAGAACGAUAGGAAGGAGAUCUCACAUUCCAAGGCCAAACCAUCAAGCAAACUAAAGUAUGAGCUAUUACAACCAGAAUCCACCUGUUGGUGUUCCUCCCUCUCAAGGUUAUCCGCCGGAAGGAUAUCCUAAGGACGCGUAUCCGCCGCCGGGCUAUCCAGCACAGGGAUAUCCACCACAGGGUUAUCCUCCUCAGCAGGGAUAUCCUCCACCCUAUGCCCCUCAGUACGGGCAGCCUCCCCCGCAUCAGCAGCAACAAGGCAGCGGUGGCUUCAUGGAAGGCUGUUUGGCUGCUUUGUGCUGUUGCUGCCUCUUGGAUGCGUGCUUCUGAUGAGGAACAUUGCAGCAAAAAUGGGUUGAUGUUCUAUUGAUCACGCUACUUAGAUAAUUCAAAUUCCCCUAUCUAUUUCGAUUGUCAAGUUCUUCUUUUCCCAUCCCUUUCUUCUUCUCGUCUGUUUCUCCUUGUGAGUAAUAUGUACUUUUAUUUGGAAGUGAACAUGUCCUAGACAACUUCCUAUUGUUUGGGUUUCUCGUUUGAAUUCCUGACUCUCUGUUUCUUUUUUACAUGGUUUGAUUUCUAGGCUUGUGGAUUGUGAGAAAUUCAACAUGUAAUGAAAUUAAGGUCCGUUUGAUACCUUUUUUUU